AUGAGUCAUAUCCAUGCCACUGUCGCUGCAAAUCUCUGCACCAGCAAGGCUGGCAUGGUCGUCAAUGAGUACCUCGAGGGGGGAGGGUUGGGGGCAUGGGCUGAGGAUGCUGGAGGCAUUGCUGAUGCUGAGUAUGCUGAGAUCCUAGAUCCAGGCCAUGUCGGUGGCACAGUGGCCACUGAGCCCUUCCACCUGGGCGUCAUCUUCAGGGACGCCACGACAAGGAGAGCCUCCACCAACUGGCAGUCGAUUGGAAAGCGGCUCAGCCUUGAAAGAAGUAGCUUUCGGAUUCUGUUUUCUACCUUCUACCCUGACUUCCAUCCCUUUCCUCUCGCCUCCAUCUCUCUCGCCCCCUCUUUUCUGUUGCCAACCCUUCCAGGCAACACCAGGCUACACGCUGGACACUACACAACACGCUGGACACUACGCAACACGCUGGACACUAUGCAACACGCUGGACACUACGCAACACGCUGGACACUAUGCAACGUGCUCAACAUUAUGCAAUGCACUUGGCACUACACAACACACUUGACACUACGGUGUGACUACACCAUGCACUUGACACUACAACACAUGGAGCUCCACUCCCAUCAUGUUCUCGCCUUCAAGAGGCCAUUGUGCUUGUUUUCUGCACGCACAACAGUGCUUUACCACCACCAGGGCUACCCACACCCACGCUCACUUUCUACACCCAUCGUUUCCCUCAUGCUUUCACAUGUCCCUUUCAUCAACAGUCACCAACAGCACCUUAAACUGCCUCACCAUCCCAGCACCCACCAUCCCCGCCUAGUGCUCAAACCUCUCCACGUGGUCCACACCACCCAUGCCUUGUGCUCAAGCCUCUCCAUGCAGUCUUCCUCCUCUUGCCUGACUCCUGCAUGCUCCCACAUAUGUUGUGAAAGAUUUAAUUUUAUGAGCCAAUGUGAUAUACCAGAGGGUCAUGUCCCUGAACUGAAAAACCCUUAA